GAUAUGUAAAGAAUUUAGACAUACUACUGCACAGGCUGUGAUUUUUUGUGCCAAUCGCUCUGAAGCAUAUAAGCUAUCGAACCAUUUGAUCAACAAUAAUGUAAAUUGCAAACUUUUGUCUGGUGCCAUGUCGUAUAAAGACCGAGAAUUUGCAUUGACAUCAUUUUCUCUGGGAUCUACUCAAUUCAUUGUCUCCACCGAUGUUUUGAAUACUGCAAUUAACGGAAAUAAUGUCAAAGCAAUAAUUAUCGCACAAAUGCCGAAUUACAAAGGAGCUAUUGAUUUCAAGCGUUUUAGAUUCAGCGUUGGACGUUGCGAUCGUUUCGGAAAACAAGCUAUAGUUUUUUCAUUUGUUUCACAAGACGAUAUGAUCAAUGAAAUUCAAAAUCUCAGUAUCAAAAAGUUAAUCAUUGAAAAUUGAAAUUAUUUAAAAUAUGACGAAUAGUGGUGAAUAGUUGAAAACUCACCAAAUGGUGUAUACACGUUUCAUACAACUAUUUUCAGAAAAAAACACACUGUCAUCAAUUAUAUUUAUACUGCUGUCAACACUUCUAUAGAAUGACACGCGUUAAUUAUAACUAUAGUUACUUAUAAGCGCUUAUUUGUUGGUUUUUGAUAAAAUAAAAUAUAUUUGAUAUCUAUUCCAGAAGAAUUAUUGUUAUCAAAGUUUUUGUUUUAAAGUGUAAACACAAAAAAAUAUGUCGAAUGAUAAAAUGAAUGGCAUAUCGAAAAAAAGAAACCGCUACAUACCACAAAGGUUUGGAGCCGCCGGAGAAAUAAGUUCUGAUUCAUUCGAAAACGAUAUUUUUGGCGACAAUUCAUUCGAUGAUAUAAAUUAUGACCCACCAAAAAAUCCACCAAAAACCAUAGCAACAAUUUCAAAGGCAUCGUAUCCACAAAAUAAAAAAAAGAAAACUAAAGUCACUACAGAUAAGCAUCCCGACAAUAGAAAUCAAAAUGCAGAAAUUAAUUUUGAUGUUGAAUUCGAUUUGUUAAAAGAACAAAGGUCACUUGCUGGGACAAAGAGUAGCUUAGCUGGUCAUCAUGAUGAAAAAGGCGCUCAAAAUACAACAAAAACUCUUGACAUUGAUUUGAACUCUGAAAAAGAACCGCUAGCUCGAAACAUAGCACGCGACUAUGCAACAAGUGGUGGUAUUGAUGUCAUAAAUGAAUGUCCAUUUGAAGUGAGCAAUGAUAAAAUUGAAAAUAACGGUGAUAAAUUUAAUGAAUCAUGCUUGAAAAUUUUAUGGGAAUUACAAGCAAAUUCAAAAGAAACUUUGGCGAGAAUUGCAUUGUUAGAAAAUGCAAUGUUCAAGAACGAGCAUUUAGCUAUGAUGAUUAAUCAAAAAUCAAGUCUUGUGAAAAAAAUCGAAGACGCCAAAAUGUUUACUACCGCCAAUAAUCUACCCAUUCAAAAUGCAAAUCAAUUGGACAAAUUUGAGGAAAAUUUGAAAGAGGAAAAAUUCAAAGAGUUAGCGGUCAAUUGUCUAGCAAACAUACCAGAUGUAAAAGGCAAUAUUGGAAAUCAACCAAAAAUAUUAAAAAAAUUGUUAUUAGAAAUAAUGGACAAAAGUCUCAUUGCUCAAUUCAGUUGGACCGGAAAAUCAUCCAAUGGAAAGAAAAAAUCAUUUAAAAAUUUAAUUAAUGUGAAAGACUUAUUGUAUAAAUGUGUCAAUAGAAUUGACGUAAAUUUCACUGAAAUUUUAGCGGAAAAUUAUCUGAAAAAUAAAAUAUUAAAAUACGCGAGCGAUUACAAACGGGAGAAAAAAUCUGACAUCAUACGGCUGCCGGAGUUAAUUAACUUAAGUGACUCAAAAGUUAAUUUAAGUCACGUAAAUCAAGUUCAUGUACCAACGACGCAGUCAAAAGCUGACAUUUGUUCAGAUGGCUAUGCUGUUGUAGACAAUAAUGUUGGAAGUGUUGAACGUGUUUGGGAUUUAACACAAAAAAGUGAUUUCCAAACUAAAAAGUAUGGUUCAAUUGAAGGCUUACCACUGGGUUCGAGAAUACUUCCCAUUAACAGUACAUAUUUGAGUGGUAAAAACAGUGAAGUAAUCCAGAAGGGUUUUAGAUUCCAAGACUAUGACCAUGUAGAGACGUACAAUCGAUUGUCCGAUGACGAUCCUCGAUACUCAGUCUUCAGUCAGCAAAUAAAAUCGAUUCCAACCUUAAAUCGCAUUACAACUCAUACACAAGCUCAAUCUCGAGGAGCGCAAUUAGUUGCACUAGCACUUGGCCAAAAAACUACACAAACAAAAUAUUGA